AUGGCACAAUCUGCAUACAACCCAGGUUGCUUUGUGAAUUGCAUUGUUUCAGUGGGUCGGCAACAGAAAAUCAUUGUACCCAACAAACAUGGUGAAAAACUCGUGGGCCUAUUACAUGAAACCGGUUCUGAGGAGAUUGUAAUCUUAUGUCAUGGUUUUCGAUCCACCAAGGAAACCACUACCAUUACAAACCUUGCCAUUGCAUUGGAAAAUGAAGGAAUUAGUGCCUUCCGUUUUGACUUUGCUGGAAAUGGGGAGAGUGAAGGCACCUUUCAGUAUGGUAACUAUUGGAGAGAGGCUGAUGACUUGCAUGCUGUGAUCCAACACUUCUCUGGGGCAAACCGUGCAGCAAGUACAAUUCUUGGGCACAGUAAAGGUGGUGAUGUUGUGCUCCUGUAUCCUUCUAAGUAUCAUGGCAUUCGCACGGUUGUCAAUGUUUCUGGACGUUAUGAUCUCCAGAGAGGUAUUGAAGAACGCUUAGGGAAAGACUUUCUGGAAACAAUCAAGAAGGAAGGAUAUCUUGAUGUCAAGAAUAAGACAGGAGAUGUUAGUUAUCGUGUGACCGAGGAAAGUUUGAUGGAUCGCCUGAGUACUGAUAUGCAUGAAGCAUGCCUUCAGAUUGACAAAGAAGGCCGGGUCUUGACAGUCCAUGGUUCUGCUGAUGAGAUCAUCCCUGUUGAAGAUGCAUUAGAGUUUUCUAAGAUAAUACCAAACCACAAAUUACAUGUUAUAGAAGGGGCUGAUCAUUUUUACACCUCACAUCAGGCUGAGUUAGUAUCAGUUGUUUUGGACUUCAUAAAGGCAGCUCUGCAGCAGGACAAGGCUACUUCCAACUGA